GCGAGAAUGCCUGGCAGCGGGGACCACUGCUGUAGAGAAGAUGAUGAACCGGACCCGAUGGCGGGGGAUCGGGAGAGAGACGGAGAGGAAGAGGAGGAAGAGAUUGAGGAGAUCCAGAUCACCGGGGAAGAGGGAGAAGUGUCAGAGGAAGAAGCCGAGUUGGAGUGGGAGGAGUGCGGGGAGCCCGACAGCUGCGCUGCUGCCGUGGAAACGGAGGAAGCGGUCCUUAUGCGGAAUACGGACCAGCUCGAGUCCAUAGCGGAGGGGGACCCGCUUUUCGGACCCGAGGGAGAGAUGCACCGCUCCAGGCUCAGCGAGAACACGCGCCUGGCCACUCGGUACGCGGUGCGAAUCUUUCGGGAAUACCUGACAGAGAAAGCGCAAAGUACGGACUUUGAGAGCAUGGACAAGCACGCGCUCUGCAAAGUGCUGCGCUCCUUCUACUCGGAGGCGCGCUCCAAAAGCGGACAGCUGUACAGCAAGUCCUCUCUCAUCAGCAUCCGGAGCUCGCUGAACCGCUACUUGAACGAGCCCCCCUUUUGCCGCACGCUGGACCUCACCAAGGACCCCGAGCUGCGCAGCGCCAACCUCGCGCUCGCCGCGGUCAUACGCAAACUGGAGGAGCAGGGCGCCGGUCCCGUGGUGCAGAAACAAGCCAUCACGCGCUCCGACCUGAGAAAACUCUACACAUCGGCUGUGUUCAGCGCCAGCUCGCCGUUCGGGCUGCUCAACAAAGUGUGGUUUGAGACUUGCAUGUACUUCUGCACGAGGGGGCGGGAGAACCAGCGCGAGCUCGAGGAGGACUCUUUCGGACUCGCUGUGGACGAGGACGGACGCAAGUUUGUGUACUUUAAAGCGCUCGGGCCGUACCACAAAUCACGUUCCGCCUCCUGGACGAAAAAGAGGUCGGACACGGACGACGACAACCUUCCUCGCAUGUAUGAGACUGCCACGGAGUUUUGUCCGUACGCGAGCUUCGUCAAGUACCUAUCAAAGCGCAAUCCUCUCUGCAAGGCUUUUUUCCAGCGCCCGCGAGAUCACUGCAGCGACACCGACACGACCUGGUACGAGAAUAAAGCCAUCGGCAAGAACCUGCUGGGCACGAGAAUGCAGAUGCUGUCGCGGGCCGCCAAACUGUCGAAGACCUACACCAACCACUGCAUCGGCGCCGUCUCCAUAGCAACGCUCAACGGCAUUGCGGGCAUUGGGUCAAAGUUAGCGCCUCUCCGCGCUUCUCCGGAAACGGUGAACGGGGCACACGUGCUGCACUGCGAGGACGAGCUCGAGCUCAAACCGCAGAAGCAAGUGACCAAACGCCCGCGAACGCUUGUCUAUCCGGUAAGCGUUGCGGGACCCGGGGCAUCGCCGAAAAGACAGUGCGCGCGCGCGGACACUCCGACUGUCACAGCGCGAGUCUCCUCUCGCUGCGAGCCGGGAGAGAGUCCUCACAUGCUCCCCUCACAGGAAAAUCGCAGCAACAGUGUGGGCAUGUCGACUCGGCCUAUCUUGGCGCACUCGCCGGUCUCGCCGCUGGGCACAGCUGGCAUCCCCACACCUGCACAGCUCACAAAGGCCAACGCUCCCGUGCACAUUGAUGUAGGAGGUCACAUGUACACCAGCAGCCUGGCCACAUUAACCAAAUACCCAGAGUCCAGGAUUGGCCGUUUGUUUGAUGGGACGGAGCCCAUAGUGUUGGACAGCCUGAAGCAGCAUUAUUUUAUAGAUCGGGAUGGACACAUGUUUCGCUACAUAUUAAACUUCCUCAGGACCUCAAAACUGCUCAUUCCAGAUGACUUUAAGGAUUACUCUUUGCUGUAUGAGGAGGCCCGGUAUUUCCAGCUUCAGCCACUGCAGGUGGAGUUGGAGCGCUGGCGUUCGGAGCAGGACUCCAGGUUCACGUCUCGCAUGUGUGAGUGUGUGGUGGUCCGCGUGGCCCCUGAGCUGGGAGAGAGAAUAACACUGAGCGGAGAUAAAGCCCUAAUCGAGGACAUCUUCCCCGAAAUUGGAGACGUCAUGUGCAACUCGGUCAACGCCGGCUGGAACCAUGACUCCACUCACGUCAUUCGCUUCCCUCUGAACGGAUACUGCCAUCUCAACUCUGUACAGGUUCUGGAACGACUGCAGCAGAGAGGUUUUGAGAUCGCUGCUUCUUGUGGAGGUGGUGUGGACUCAACUCAGUUCAGUGAGUACGUCCUGAGGAGAGAGGUCAAACGGAGUCACCGCGGGGUCAUGACCUCCGUCAUCCGAAUCAAACAGGAACCACUGGAUUAGCCACCCACUCUGACAAACAAUAAACUGGAUAUGGUAUUUUUAACUGAAUAUAAGGGAUGUUUUAUGUUGUAAUUCUCUGAGAAUUUUUCCCCCAUUGAUUUUGUCCCCAAGUAAUCUGUUUCAAAUAAGGAAAACAUUGUUUAAAAUGGAAAUGGAUACUUUUUCCAAACUUGGUCUCCAUUUGAUUCUAUGUGAAGGUUUGUUUUAAAACUUCAAGACUGCCAGACUUUGCACUAUUGCUGGAUUUGUCUUCACCAUGACAGCUAGAAUUGGAAGAAGCUAAACUAAUGUCAGACUCUAUAUAUGACAUCCUGUAAAAAAUAUCAUCUGCCAUACUUACUUAAUAAGCUGAUUGAUGAAUCAUUUAUGAUAAUAAUCGUCGAGUGUUUUCUCAUAAAUAGCAUAUCACUCCAGAGAGGAACAGCAGCUCUAAUUAGAAACCCACACGCGCACAUAAAGGUUAAACCGCAACUGUGGGCUUCAUAGGGAUCAAAUGACUAGAGAAACCCUUAUUUUGUCAAAUACAGCCAUGAAUCAGCUCUGAAAGAUUUUAUUAAAAAGUGUAUUUCUUUCCCCAACUGUUCUUCAUCCUAAUAAUUUAAUCAGACAAUUUAAAAAAAACUUUCAAGCCAGUUAAAUGAAUUUAUAUUGUGCUGUAACCUGCAGUAUUUUUAUUUUGAAACUGUAAAAUGUUUUUUGUUUUAAGUUUUUUUUUUUUGGACCAUAAUUCUACAGUGUCUGGCUACACUUAAAACUGGUUUAUAAUUCACGAGAUUAAAGUUUGAGAGGAAUGUAAUGUGACAUUGUUAAUAAACGUUUUUAAAAACCA